CAAUAAUCCGGCUGUCAAAAAAUUAAAAUUUACAACGCUAGCGCUAAAAAAAUAUUUAUUUCUUCAAGUUAAUUAUUCUAAAAUUAUUUUAAGAGAAAAUAGUAAAACUACAUAUUAUUAUGGAUGCUGAUAGCGAGCUAACUGAGGGUGUCGGCGCACUGCGUAUGUCUUUGCGUGAACGGCCACGCAAACAACAGUCAGAUCGGCGACUACGCGAACGCUCGGAAGAUUUGAAGUUCCUAGAGGAUUUUGACCCUGAAAAAUCAAAUCGUGAAAAGCGCAAACUGAAACGAAAGUUAACCAAUUCACGUUCCACUGUUUACGAUGAGUAUGGUCACAUGCGUCAUAAUGGCAUGGAUAUUUGCGAUUGCUUGGAUGAGAAGUGUCCAGGUUGUUGGUUUGAGUGCAAAAAUUGUGGCUCAACGCGUUGUGGCGUACAGUGCCGUGUGAAUAGAAAACAGUUCGUGGAUGAAAUCACAUUUGAUGGCAAAGAUGUGGUGAUAAAAAACAAAUUCGUAUUGUAGUUGAUAAAAGUGAGGUUUUAAAAGAGAAUUGCGUGAUUUUCAUGCAGACUUUCUGUUGCACAGUUGUACGAGACUGCUUUUUAAUAUUUUAUAUGGCAUUGAGUAUUUAAGUAAUUAUUCUGCGCAUUGAUUUUAUUAAUUAUAAUAUAAGAUUGUAUGUAACUAUAGUGAUUAUGGAAUAAAUUAUAAUACCUUUUCUAUAAAUGUAAUCAUAAAAGUAUCUUAAUUAAUUUAAAUCAAUAUAGGACAUUUUGAGAAAGUUGUUAAAUUUUUAAAAUAAAUAAUAUUUCAGUUGUAUUUAUAAGAAAACUUAUAAUAAAAUAAAUUAUUAUUAGAACAGCAAUUCUAAAUCAAGGACUGACACCUCAAUAGAAUUUUGUUCCAAGGUCUGUAUAUUUGACGCGACCGGAAUGACACAACUUUUACCCAACCAAAGCCUGCGCGUGCGACAGCGUUCCUCAAAAUUAUUUAGACGACAUAUGUUAUGUUACGACAACAAUAACAAAUAUUUUCUAUUUUCACCAUUUUCAAAUAAAAAUCUUUCAAGUACAAAGUCAAA